CUCUCCCCUUCCUUCCCCCCCUCCAACACAUCAUCACCUCCAUUAACACACCCUGUAUCAGCUUUAAGUUUAUUUUCGGUCAUGCCACUUAACUGAAUAGCACCAAAACCUGACAGUCAAUUACCAGACCCAGAUAUGUCUGAUCAUUCCCACAACACCCCUACCCCUGUACUUGCUUUCCCCCUCCCACAAAACUCACACUCACCUCUCCAACUCACCUUAUAUCCUAUCACUUUAAAGUUUGAGGAGCUGGUGUACAAGGUGAAAAUAGAGGAGAAAGGAUCAUGGUGGGGGACAUGGAAGACACGAGAGAAGACUAUUUUGAACGGCAUAACAGGAAUGGUUUGCCCGGGAGAGAUACUGGCGAUGCUUGGUCCGUCCGGAAGUGGCAAAACAACUCUUCUCACAGCUCUCGGAGGUCGUCUUGCCGGCAAGUUAUCCGGCAAAAUCAGCUACAACUGUCAACCUUUUUCCGGCGGCAUAAAGCGACGAACAGGAUUUGUAGCACAGGAUGAUGUUCUUUAUCCUCAUCUUACAGUAACAGAGACCCUUUUCUUCACUGCCUUGCUAAGAUUACCCAGCAGUCUGAGCCGUGACGAAAAGGGUCAACAUGUUGAGAAAGUGAUUACAGAGCUGGGUUUGACCAGGUGCAGGAACAGCAUGAUUGGAGGUCCACUUUUCAGAGGGAUAUCAGGUGGGGAAAAGAAAAGGGUUAGUAUUGGUCAGGAAAUGUUGAUCAAUCCGAGUCUUCUUCUUCUGGAUGAACCCACUUCAGGUCUUGAUUCAACCACGGCUCAAAGGAUUCUAACCACAAUAAAAAGACUAGCUAGUGGUGGUCGAACCGUCGUCACUACAAUUCACCAGCCGUCAAGCCGACUUUACCAUAUGUUUGAUAAAGUAGUACUGCUGUCUGAAGGUUCACCUAUCUACACUGGUCCCGCAUCUGGAGCCUUGGAUUACUUUAGCUCCAUUGGAUUUUCCACCUCUCUCACUGUCAACCCAGCUGAUCUCUUGCUUGAUCUUGCUAAUGGCAUCAGUCCUGAUUUCAAGCAAACAAGUGAGCAAGGAGACAACACAGAACAGGAUCCAAAGACAAUCCGAGAAGCUCUCAUUUCUGCUUAUGAGAAAAACGUUGCUACAAGAUUAAAAACGGAGCUAUGUAACAUGGAUAACAGUGGGUACAGCCACAACAAAGAUGUUUCUGCAAAGAGUGAAUGGAAAUCACAACAAUGGUGCACAAGCUGGUGGCAUCAGUUCAGUGUAUUGCUUCAGAGAGGGGUAAGAGAGAGGAGAUAUGAAGCUUUCAACAGACUUAGAAUUUUUCAAGUCAUCAGUGUGGCUGUACUGGGAGGACUUUUAUGGUGGCAUACCCCAACAUCCCACAUCGAAGACCGAAUAGCUCUGCUGUUCUUCUUCUCGGUCUUCUGGGGUUUCUACCCACUUUAUAACGCAGUUUUCACAUUCCCACAAGAAAGAACAAUGCUGAUAAAAGAAAGAUCAUCAGGCAUGUACCGGCUUUCCUCCUACUUUCUGGCAAGAACAGUAGGAGAUUUACCUCUAGAACUUGCACUUCCAACAGCAUUUGUCUUCAUAAUCUACUGGAUGGGUGGUCUUAAACCUGAUCCAAUUACCUUCAUCUUAUCCCUUCUUGUUGUUCUCUACAACGUUUUGGUCUCCCAGAGCCUUGGACUAGCCAUUGGUGCAAUUCUCAUGGACAUAAAACAAGCGACCACUCUAGCAUCUGUCACGACCCUUGUCUUUCUCAUUGCUGGAGGCUAUUACGUGCAGCAAAUCCCACCAUUCAUAGUGUGGCUCAAGUACUUGAGUUACAGCUAUUACUGCUACAAACUUCUUCUGGGUGUUCAGUACAGUGAUGAUGAUUAUUACCAGUGCUCCAAUGUUGAAUGGUGCAGAGUUGAAGAUUUUCCAGCAGUCAAGUCCAUGGGACUCAACCAUUUGUGGCUUGAUGUUUUUGUCAUGGCGUUGAUGCUGCUUGGUUACCGAUUCGUCGCUUAUCUCGCCUUGCAUCGAGUAAGGUUUAGGUAAAAAAGAAAAGAUUCACAAAUCAUAAGUACUAAUCAUCAAUUGCAGUAUGACAUAAGCAAGAGUUUUUCUCCUCCUCCUCCUCCUCAUCAUCAUCCUUCUUUCUUCUUCUUGUUCUGUUAAGGUUAAGCCCAGGAAGAAUAAUAAAUAUAAUAAUGAUAAUAUAUAAUUAAGUAGUACAUUUAAUCAAUCAUGAUUCUCUUUUGGGAUAAUGAGCUAGUGUUGUUCAUGAUUGGUGUUCAAUUGGAGAGAGAUUCUGAUCGUCUAAAGAUUAAAACUUUUAGAUAUUAUUAUAUGUAAAGUUAGAAAAUUUGCAGAUUAAAUCUAAACUGGGUUUAAGAAA